AUGAAUCCANGCCAGGUGAGGGUCACCGUCACUGGCAUCCUACAGGGAGUCCUGUACCUGGUCUGCGCUGUGUGGACUAUGUGCGAGUUCUUUUCCAAUGGACGUUCCCGUAUGUAUAUCAUUCACUGUACCCAUUUCACUGUCAUUAACCUGUACAUGUCAGGCACUACGGUGGCCCUGGGGGUUGGUCAGGCUGUAUUCAGGCGGAGAGCAGUGGACAUCUGGCUCAGAGCAGCUCGAUGCUGCAGAGAAGAACAGACUGAACAAGGAGGCAGCAGCGGCAGCAGCAGCACCGGCGGCAGCAGCAGUAGUGGCAGCGGCACCAGUGGCAGCAGCACCGGCAGCAGCAGCAGUAGCGGCGGCAGCAGCAGCGGCAGCAGCAGCAGCAGGGACUGGAAGGACUCCACCCUCACAGACCGGGUGACAGGCGCCUCCCCCGCUGUGUCCUGGGAGGCUUCUUCCCAGAUGAUGACAGAUGAGGCCAGACUCCCUCAGGACAGCCCGGACACCACCCUCAGACAAGGAGAUGCUUGGACGUCCCACACAGCCGUCCACACCGACAGCACCUACACCUCCACUGACAUCAGCCGCGCUGGGGAGAGGACCCUGCUGUCCGUCACCUCCUCUUCCAGCAACCACACCUCCUCCACCUUUACAGAGGACUCCAACUCCCAUCAGGCCCCCUCCACCUUGGGUAUUUCUGCUACGGACACUGAGGACUACACCCGCAGCGCCAGGACUGACAGCGGGGACACAACAGACCUACAACAUAGUACCAGUUCCUUUAAGGCGGGAUAUCCAGAGACCGGGAGUUCAGGAGGGACCCAGAGUUUCACCGGACAACAUAAUGCUACCGACCCUCGAUACACCGCCACAUCAGAGGAGACCUCCGACUCGACGCCGCCUCUCAGAGUGACGGAGCUCAGCACUGAGAGAUCUGAAGUGUCCGUGUCUUCCUCACCAUCCGUCACCUCGCCUGCAGGAGGUCCUGUAAACGUCUCCUGGACAGAGCAGGGGCGGGGCUUCAGUGUGACCGCCUCCACUGAGUCCUCCAGCGGGGGGCACAGCUCCAGCACCCAGAACCAGGAGGGCACUGAGGGGGCUUCAGCCCACACCAGGGAGGACCUCGGGGACGUGGGCCUGACCAUAGCACCCCCUACUGUCAGCAGUGGAACAUCGGAAGUGGACCGUCCGCUAACAGACACUCCAGUGUUGGUUACUGAUGCCUUCCUCACCACCACAGCUGGUACUGUUGCAGACAGACCAAAGAUAAUAGAGGAAGACACUUUUAAAGCCACUUCCUCCUCGACCACCACCACCUCCACUCCUCUAGCUCCAACCUCAUCCUCCAGGUUCAGCAGCCCCGCCAUCAGCUCUACCACAGAUUCGCCCCCCGAGGCCACCGUCCUGUACACUACCCCCUCCACUACCCCCUUCACUACCCCCUUCACCACCUCCUCCACCCUGGCCCUGCUGACCUCUGCAGCUCACCCGACUCACCGGGUGUCCCCCAGCCAAACCCAGUGGCCCUCAACUGGGAUGGAUAACCCCACAAGCACCACCACCCUGCAGAUGGAAACCAGCACCAGCAUGCCGGGAAUCACCACGACUCAAAGCCACAUAACCACCACCUACACCACCAGUACCCCCACCAAGAGUACAGAGGCUCUGCAGACCCCCGGAAAGAAACAGACAGAGGGGGGAACAACACAGCUGGUGGGGACCACUUCACCCACCAAGGCACCAACCCCACCAACACCACCAAGAAACCCUUGUGUGUCAAACCCUUGUAUGAACGGAGGGAUGUGUGUGAGCUAUUUAGGGCAUCAGUUCACCUGCCACUGUCAGCAGGCAUGGACCGGACUGACCUGCAACCAGGAUGUGGAUGAGUGUGAGAGUGACCCCUGCCCCGUCGGCUCCAGAUGUGUGAACACCAGAGGGUCCUUCAGCUGCGAGUGUCCGCUCGGCUUCGACCUGGAGGACGGGCGCACCUGCACCAGAGCAAAGACGUUUCUGGGCACAUUCAGAGUCAACAGGCUUCCACAUGACCCUCUUAUCUUCAAGAGCGCCACCAUGCAUGAGAUCCAGAGAGAGAUCCUCCAGCUGCUCAAUGCUUCGUUGUCAGUCCUACGAGGUUACAGCCGCUCAAUGCUGACUAAGAAAGAGGAGGACGGGGUUCAUAUCUCAGCUGUCCACAUGUUUUCCAUUUCCACCGAUGUGACGAGCGCCAAGGUUUACAACCGCAUCAAGAGGUCUCUCAGCAACUGCAGCUCCUCUCUGGCCCACUGCCGCAUGGUGCUGCACCACCAGCUCACUUAUCAUGUGGAAAGUCUGUGUGUGGCCCAGAAGACUGAGUGUGACGCAGAGCGCUCCUCCUGCACGGACAGCAGCGGCACGGCCAGCUGCCAGUGUCUCCACGGAUACUACAAACACACCCCCGACGACCUGUCCUGCUUAGAAUGUGGGGAUGGCUACAAGCUGGAAAAUGACACCUGUGUUCCGUGCAUGUUCGGAUUUGGAGGUUUCAACUGUGGGAAUUUUUACAAGCUGAUUGCAACCGUGGUGUCGCCUGCAGGGGGCGCUAUGCUCCUCAUCCUCAUCAUCGCUCUCAUUGUCGUCUGUUGCAAGAAAGACAAGAACGACAUAAACAAGAUCAUCUUCAAGAGUGGCGACAUGCAGAUGUCCCCGUAUGCGGACUUCCCCAAAAAUAACCGCAUAUCCACGGAGUGGGGCAGGGAGACCAUCGAGAUGCAAGAGAACGGCAGCACCAAGAACCUGCUUCAGAUGACUGACAUUUACUACUCUCCUGCGCUACGUAACUCAGACCUGGAGAGAAACGGCCUGUACCCGUUUACAGGCCUGCCGGGGUCCCGCCAUUCGUGCAUCUACCCCGCCCAGUGGAACCCAUCCUUCAUCAGUGAAGAUUCACGAAGAAGAGACUACUUCUAACUGCCCCACCUUGAUCAAACACACACACACACACACACACACACACACACACACACACACACACACACACACACACACACACACACACACACACCCAGAGAAUGGCCAUCUCUUCUACUGAUAAUUAUGAUGCGUUAUAAUGGGUUUCUCUCACGGUCAGAAUGCUACCUAGCACCCAUUUGACCAUCAGCAUUCAUGGUGGUGUGUGGGUGUGUGUGUGUGUGUGUGUGUGUGUGUGUGUGUGUGUGUGUGUGUGUGUGUGUGUGUGUGUGUGUG